UUGCAGCGCUACAACGCUCACUAUGAUAUUUAUGCGCAAUCCGCUUGCAGCAGGAACGUCGGGCGCGCGGCAAUAUUUCUGGUGGCCGCUUGCAGCGUUGCAGCUGCAGCUCACCUCGAUAUCGUCGAGGUACGAGCAGGGCGCGGGCUGCGCAGGCGAAUCGGGCGCUUGACGGUACUCCUGACGGCCGCUUGCAGCGCUGCAGCUCACCUUGAUGUCGUCGAGGUGCGGGCGAGGCGCGGGUUCCGCGCGUCAGUACUCCUGGCGGCCGCUUGCAGCGCUGCAGCUCACCUUGAUGUCGUCAAGGUGCGGCCGGGGCGCGGGUUGCGCGCGUCAGUACUCCUGGCGGCCGCUUGCAGCGCUGCAGCUCACCUUGCUGUCGUCGAGGUGCGGGCGGGGCGCGGGUUACGCGCGUCAGUACUCCUGGCGGCCGCUUGCAGCGCUGCAGCUCACCUUGAUGUCGUCGAGGUGCGGGCGGGGCGCGGGUUACGCGCGUCGUACCUGGCAGCCGCUUGCGCGCUGCAGCUCACCUUGAUGUCGUCAAGGUGCGGCCGGGCGCGGGUUGCGCGCGCGUACUCCUGGCGGCCGCUUGCAGCGCUGCAGCUUACCUUGAUGUCGUCGAGUGCAGGCGGGGCGCGGGUUACGCGCCUCAGUACUCCGGCCGCUUGCAGCGCUGCAGCUCACCUUGAUGUCGUCAAGGUGCGGGCGGGGCGCGGGCUGCGCGUGCGCGUCGGGCGCGCGGCGGUACUUCUGGCGGCCGCUUACAGCGCUGCAGCUCACCUUGAUGUCGUCGAGGUGCGGGCGGGGCGCGAGCUGCGCGCACGCGUCGGGCGCGCGUAG